AUGACCGACCAACCACCCUCCGAUAACCCCAGACGCACAGAGGACUUGCCCUUUCCCUUCAAUACCGGCUACUACGUCGCUGUCGAGAGUCUCGACCAAGAAGAAAAUGCGCGAAUCUACGAUCUCUAUGCGUCAAAUGAUCAAGACGACAGAGCCAAGAUCCAGAUGAACCUAGAUGCGGACCGCUGGUACAAUGUCAAGUACAUGAUUGAGCAUUACGAGGAUCGAAAAAGCAACAUAUUGCAGAGGGCAUGGGAGGGAGGUGAACUUGAAACAGCAGCGAGGUUGAUGGCAUGGGGAGUACCGCGUAUCGUCAUUGAGUCAAUCGUGGGUUGGUCUGCUGUCGAGCUGACUGCUGAUGAGAGAGCGAGGAUGGGCAGAAUUAUCGAACAUGAACAGAGAAAGUUGAGGAGGAUUUGA